GUCCGAUCACGGUGGAGAUUUAGCUGCGCUGUUGCUGGGGGUAUUACUCAACCGACAGCCCUGCAAGAGUCAUCGCAAAGGUGUCUGAGGAGUCACCGCAAACACAAUUGAGCCACCGUGGGCACAUACCAGCCAGCCAUCAGACUGCCCAACUGCCCAGUACCCGCCCAGUACAUUGGCAGACCGGUUAGUCCACUCGUCUGAUGUGAUCUUGAGCCGUUGUGCUCCUCUUCCUCAGAUCCCCUCCCAUCCCUUCCUUCCACACCCGUUGGACGCCGUUGAGAAGUGAUCGGGCCCCCAAUUGGAGUCACUCUCCUCACCUUGACCGUCCCUCCCUCUCCCUCUCCCUGCUCUCAUCCGCUUCGUCUUGCCCUCUCCUGCCCGGCUGGAACUCGAGCUGAGCAAGCUGCGGGCAGCUGAUCCCACCCCCACGCCACAAUGGCCGCCGUUAAUGGCACCCCGAAUGGCACCGCAAAUGGCACCGUCAAUGGCACCGUCAAUGGCACCGCGAACGGCACCGCAAGAGACGCCUCCUCCACCCCCACGAGGAUCCCAAUCCUGGGCAAGGAGGACAUCAUAAUCGACUACGGCCUGUUGAACGACUUCGUCGCCCACGACCUCCUCGAGAACACCCCCUCCGCCACCUACGUCCUCAUCACCGACACCAACCUGUUCCCUCUCUAUGUGCCUUCCUUCCAGAAGACCUUCGAAGCCGCCGUUGCCUCCAGGAAUGCCGGCAAUGUGCGCCUUCUCACCUACGCGAUACCCCCGGGCGAGAGCUCCAAGGGCAGGGAGACAAAGGCCGAGAUUGAGGACUGGAUGCUGUCCCAGAGGUGCACAAGGGACAUCGUCGUCAUUGCUCUUGGCGGCGGCGUCAUUGGCGACAUGAUCGGUUACGUCGCCGCUACCUUCAUGCGCGGCGUCAAGAUUGUCCAGGUCCCCACCACUCUGCUCGCCAUGGUCGACUCGUCCAUCGGUGGCAAGACUGCCAUUGACACUCCCUUGGGCAAGAACCUGAUUGGCGCCUUCUGGCAGCCCAGCCGCAUCUACAUUGACCUGGCCUUCCUAGAGACCCUGCCUGUUCGGGAGUUCAUAAAUGGCAUGGCCGAGGUUGUGAAGACGGCUGCCAUCUGGGACGAGGCCGAGUUUACAGCCCUCGAGCAGAAUGCCCCCACCAUUCUUGAGGCCGUCAAGUCGAAGGCAACCAACCGCUUGGCUCCCAUCCGCCAUAUCCUCAAGAGAAUCGUGCUUGGAUCCGCUCGCACCAAGGCCGAGGUCGUCUCUGCCGACGAGAGGGAAGGAGGCCUGCGGAAUAUCCUCAACUUUGGACAUUCCAUUGGCCACGCUUACGAGGCCAUACUCACACCCCAGGUCCUCCACGGUGAGGCCGUGGCCAUCGGCAUGGUCAAAGAGGCAGAGCUUGCCCGCUUCCUUGGCGUCCUGCGCCCCGCCGCCGUCGCUCGUCUCGUCAAGUGCAUUGCAAGUUACGAGCUGCCCACCUCGCUCAAGGACCAGCGGAUUGUUCGGCUAUCGGCCGGAAAGAAGUGUCCCGUGGACGUGUUGCUGGACAAGAUGGCCGUCGACAAGAAGAAUCACGGAACCAACAAGAAGAUCGUGCUUCUGUCCGAGAUCGGCAAAUGCUACGAGCCCAAGGCAAGUGUGGUUGACGACCGCAACAUCCGUGUCGUCCUCACACCUGCCAUCCGUGUCACGCCUGGCGUUCCGAAGGGUCUGAACAUCAGUGUGACCCCUCCCGGUUCCAAGAGCAUCUCGAACCGGGCGCUGGUGUUGGCUGCUUUGGGUGAGGGCGAAGUGCGCAUCAAGAACCUCCUCCGCUCGGAUGAUGUCGAGUACAUGCUGUCUGCAGUCUCGGCUUUGAACGGAGCCACCUACUCUUGGGAGGAUGGUGGCGAGAUCCUCAUUGUCAAGGGCAAGGGCGGAAAGCUUGAGGCAAGCCAGGAGCCUCUCUAUCUCGGUAACGCAGGAACCGCAUCGCGCUUCUUGACGAGCGUGGCUUCGUUGGCCUCACCAUCUUCCGUUUCUUCCACGGUCUUGACCGGCAACGCCCGGAUGCAACAAAGGCCCAUCGGGCCAUUGGUUGACUCUAUGCGUGCCAAUGGCGUCGAGGUCAAGUAUCUCAAUCGGGAGGGCAGCUUGCCUGUCCAGGUUGAUGCUGCCGGCGGCUUCGAGGGCGGCGUCAUUGAGCUUGCAGCCACCGUCUCCUCUCAGUACGUCUCAUCACUUCUCAUGACUGCACCGUACGCCAAGAACCCAGUCACUCUGAAGCUUGUGGGAGGCAAGCCCAUUUCGCAGCCCUACAUUGACAUGACCAUGUCGAUGAUGGCUGCUUUUGGUGUACAAGUCGAACGAUCUGCCACGGAAGAAAACACCUACCACAUACCAAAGGGCAUCUACCAAAACCCUGCAGAGUAUGAGAUCGAGAGCGAUGCAAGCUCGGCUACUUAUCCCCUGGCCAUCGCCGCCAUCACUGGCACUACUUGCAUGGUCCCAAACAUCGGAUCGAAAUCGUUGCAAGGCGACUCGCGAUUCGCCGUAGAGGUGCUCGAGGCAAUGGGAGCCACCGUGGAGCAGACGGACUACACGACAACGGUGACUGGCCCGCCAAUUGGGCAACUGAAGGCGAUCCCACACGUGGACAUGGAGCCCAUGACGGAUGCAUUCUUGACUGCCUCUGUUCUAGCUGCUGUCGCCGACGGCACUACCAGGAUCACUGGAAUCGCCAACCAGAGGGUGAAGGAGUGCAAUCGCAUCGCUGCAAUGAAGGACCAGCUUGCGAAGUUCGGUGUACAAUGCAACGAGCUCGAGGACGGCAUUGAGGUCAUUGGCCGUCCCUACCAAAGCCUGACGGAGCCUGUUGAUGGUAUCUACUGUUACGAUGACCACCGCGUCGCAAUGAGUUUCAGUGUGCUCUCCGUGGUCACGCCUCGCCCCGUACUCAUCCUGGAGCGUGAGUGCACGGGAAAGACUUGGCCUGGCUGGUGGGAUGUUCUGUCCGAGUCUUUCAAGGUCGUUCUGAAUGGCGAAGAGCCCACGUCGGAACACGCGCACUAUGAGAAAGCACCUAAGCCCCGAUCAGACCGCUCGAUCUUCUUGAUCGGCAUGAGAGGCGCCGGCAAGACGACUGCGGGGGGCUGGUUGGCGAAGACGUUGAAAAGAAAGUUCAUCGACCUCGACGAGGAGCUGGAGCGGAGGAUAGGCCAAACUAUCCCCGAAAUGAUUCGUGGAGAUCUGGGCUGGGAGGGCUUCCGAAAGGCAGAGCUGGAUCUCCUCAAGGACGUAAUGACGAAUCAUGCCCACGGUCACGUUUUCUCUUGUGGCGGCGGCAUUGUUGAGAGCGAUGACGCCCGCCAGAUGCUGAUCUCCUACAAGAGCAAUGGCGGAUACGUUCUCCAGGUGCACCGCAACACCGACCAAGUGAUCGACUACCUGCUCAUUGACAAGUCGCGGCCGGCCUAUACCGAGCAGAUUCGCGGGGUUUACGAGCGGCGCAAGCCCUGGUUCGAGGAGUGUAGCAAUUUCAAGUACCACAGUCCUCAUCCAGCCGGCUCCUCGGCCGUCCGGGAAGCUCCAGCGGACUUUAUGAGCUUCAUCUCUGUCAUGUGCGGCCACAGCGACCACUUCGAAAAUGUGAAGAGCAAAAAGCACUCCUCCUUCGUCUCGCUUACUGUGCCUGACGUGUCGGAUUCCUUGGAGCUCAUUCCUCGGGUGGUUGCAGGCUCAGACGCUGUUGAACUGCGGGUCGAUCUGCUGGAGGACUACUCGCCUGAAUUUGUUGGUAUUCAAGUGGCCUCCCUGCGAGCCGCUGCCAAGAUACCAAUUGUCUUCACGGUUCGCACCCAGAGUCAAGGUGGUAAAUUCCCGGAUGACGACUCCGAAGGCGCUGCAGCCCUAUACAAUGUCGCACUACGUAUGGCAUGUGAGUUCAUUGAUGUGGAGCUGACAUGGCCGGAAGAUGUUAUCCAAGGCGUGCUGAGCCGGAAGGGCUCUUCUCGCAUUAUUGCCUCUCACCAUGAUCCUCAAGGCACCUUGUCUUGGAAGAAUGGGGCGUGGAUACAAUACUACAACAGGGCGCUCCAGUUUGGCGACAUCAUCAAGUUGGUCGGUGUGGCGCAUGCUCAGGACGAUAAUUUCGCCCUGGCGAACUUCAAGAAACGAAUGCUUGCGGCUCAUGAGACGCCUAUCAUCGCCAUCAACAUGGGACCUGUCGGCAAGCUGAGCCGGAUCAUGAACGGCUUCCUGACCCCCGUCUCACAUCCUGCUCUUCCGUUCAAGGCUGCGCCAGGCCAGCUGUCUGCUGCUGAGAUCCGCCAAGCUCUGACGCUGAUUGGGGAGCUGGAUGAGCGUUCUUUUUACCUCUUCGGCAAGCCCAUCGCCCAGUCAAGGUCCCCAGCUCUCCACAACACGCUCUUCAAGGCCCAUGGUCUGCCUCACUUCUAUUCUCGGUUCGAAACAGAUCAGGUUGCGGAUGUCAAGGAGCUCGUGAGGUCCCCCAACUUUGGUGGGGCCUCGGUGACCAGGCCACUCAAGGUCGACAUCAUCGACUACAUCGACAAGUUGUCGGACGCAGCCAAGAUUAUUGGUGCCGUGAAUACCAUCAUUCCCACCCCGUCCGAAGAUGGUAGCCAGCAGAUUCUGCUCGGUGACAACACCGACUGGAUGGGCAUGGUGUUCGCACUCCGCCAAGCAGGAGUUGUGGGCAGCGUCCGCGCGGCUGCCGCAAGUGGCCCUGCAGUGGUGAUCGGAAGUGGCGGGACCACGCGCGCGUCCAUCUACGCUCUACACUCACUGGGGUACUCGCCCAUCUACAUCGUAGCACGCAACGCCGCCAGCAUCACGACACUGGCCGGAAUGUUCCCAAGUGACUACCAAGUGCAGCAUCUCUCGAGCGCGGACGAGAAGGACUUUGCCGGGCCACUUCCGCGGGUGGUUGUUAGCACCAUCCCCGCCGACUUGCCGAUGGAUGCAGGGAUGAACGACAUUGUCUCGAAGGUGCUCAACCUCCCUGACCAUGAGGCGACUGGGAGAAAUGUGCCGAAGAGGACAAUGCUGGAGCUGGCCUACAAGCCGCGGCGCACGGCUGUCAUGGCGAUGGCGGAGGAAGCAGGCUGGCAGACGAUUCCCGGGCUGGAAGUACUCACUUCCCAGGGUUGGCACCAGUUCAAUCUCUGGACCGGGAUCUCGCCGGUGUACACGGAUGCGAGAGACGCGGUCAUGGCUGACGAGGAGGCAGAGGAAGCCUCCAAGGCCAACGGCAGCGCGUGAUCUGAACCGUUCGGAAGUUCGAGCGCAGGCAUGUGGGACUAACAAGAAUUGGGGUUUUCCGUAAAAAGUAGAGGAUACAUAUGCUUAGAAUCGGAUCAACUCAUAUCACGCGUCGUUAUGCCAUUGUCAGUCAGUGUCAGUGUCAGUGUCAGAACCUCAGAACCGGGAGGUAUCGUCUCUUCAGUUUCCAUCUAUGGGAUGAUCCCCGACCACAUGGAAAUGCCAUAUGAUGCAGAUAUGAGACCGUUCGCCCAGUGGCAACUCAUAUCUUGUCACAAUAUCGCAGGCCAUCCCAACGGUUUGAAGGCUGCCAUGGAAAACUUGGAUGACAUCGAACAGACGCGACAUGUGCAACCGAGAUCUUCAGAAGCUUAAUCUGGCCCGCCUGACGUUGACGGGAGCUGAAAUGGAUACUUGAUCGGUGCCCGGGGGAGUCAUGUCCAGUUACAAUGCAUGAUUUUGCCUUGACCUCCACUUCCUUGGAAACAUAGACCGACCAUGGUUUCCCCCUUUCCCUGGCCCCCACUCGCAGAACCAAGAGUUCUUGAGAUCACCAGGGGACCGGUACCCGGGGCUGCCCAACCAGGCAGGUAGGUCCAUUCUCAGUCGAAGGUUUGAGAGGUGGUCGAGGCGUAACACAAAAGCAGGCUGGGCGCAGGGGCAGAGGCGCACAGCGAGGGCAAGGCGUAUGGCGCAUCCGGCGGCAAGGACGGACGCGUCGGCAUUUUGCCGGUCACCUGGGCAGGCUUUCCUUACUGUCCAGCGAUUACCGCCUCCCGCGUUCGCAUUUCAAGGGGCGAGAGGUUUGAGCCACCCCCGGAUCUACGACCCUGUCGUGUUCGUACUAUCAGAUCAUAUCAAGGGGCGAGGCAAGCAAGUGGGGCGACGGAAACUUUGCCGAACCAGCUGGUUGCAGACAUCUCAAGGCUGUUGCCAAGUUUGCACACACCAUGUGGUAUUUGAGAUGAAUUAUUAUGGGCGGGCACCUGAUGCAACUUGUGCACGAGGGCGACGAGGAAACGAAACAUGCCCGGCGGAAAGCCCUGUCCGCCGAGAACACCUGGGGGAGGGGAGGGGGGUUGAGGCGGGAGGCAAAGCUGGAGUCAGGCUUUGCAGACACGAUGUGACUUCCGGUUUUCUUCUCUGAGCCUGCUCGCUAACCUCCCUCCGGGGAAUUCAUCUCGGUUAAUUCUUCUCUGUCUCCAGGUUGCUUGCCGGCGUCACAGUGAGAGGUAGGGGAGGCGGUGCAGGCAAAUGUGUAGCUUGGCUCAGGCUGGGCGGACACAUCCGAGGAACGCGGCGAAAGCCAGCGGAAGAGUGCAUUUUUCUGUGGCUUCCUACAGCACGUAGAAACAUGCAGUGCGUUACAGUCAAUGUUAGAGUUUAUAUGUAAAAUGUUGAGAGAUUCUCCGGGCCGAGCGAGGACGACG